UGUUCAGUUUACAGGCGAGCGCCGUACCGUACGGUUGCCCUGCACGCUGUUUCGGGUUGUAUAUUCUUAUGAUAGUUAUCGGAGGCGGUGAAAACUUUGCAACCUCCGUAGUCCUAUACGGUGAACGACAACGUGUUAAUUUCGAGGGAAAAUAUCGAACGAUAAUAACGAUAUUCCUCGUAGUGAAUGAAACUGUCGAAUCAUACUGUAUAAAUGGCUUACACUUCGUUAAUCGCGUGUGACCACAUCGUACAUUCCAAAUAUUCCUAACUAGUAAACCUCGUCAGUAAAAUAAUAUAACCGUGACAACAUAUACAAAACUAUCGUGUCUGGAUGUACUUACCAAGGGAGGUUUUGCUUCGAAACGUACACGCAUACGCGGCAUAAACAAACAAAGACCGGAGGUCUCCUUGAAACAGUAGCAGAGAAUCAGUCGACGAUUUCAUAGUGUAAACUGCGGGACGAACGGUCGCGGUGUUCUUGUUAGUUAUCGUAGCUGCCGCAGUUGUCGUUGAUCGUCGCAUCGGGUAUAAACGGUGAAAAACUUGGACCACACUCGAAGGACUCUAAACCGUGAUUCAGUGAGUGAGAGUGACGGAAGUGUGUAAACAGGGCGUAAAGUGGAAAAAGGAAGAAGUUAUCUUUUUACCCUACCUUUUUUUUAACGGCCAAGAUAGUUCGCUAAGAUUUUUUCUACCACUUGUACUUCUUCAGCCGAGGAGCUCACCGACUAUUAAAACUGGCAGCAACUUCAAGGCACUUCAUUCGCCGAGUGGGCACUCACGGGAAUCGUGACGAUAAGCGACGACGCGACGUAUCUGGCUGAAACAACUUCCUUCUCGGACAAGAGGUUGGUUGAUCGAGUUCACGAAGGGACGCGUAAGUGGUCGAAAACUUUGGGCGGGCAGCGGGCAAUACACCGGCGAGACACUUGUACUUACAACGGCUCGUGAGCAAUUGGACGAAAGUUGAGAAGAUGUGCAUAUAUUCAAGAUACGUCAUCCGCUCCCAUGUUCUGAGGCGCAUCGGUUGUAAAAGAUGAAGGCCGUAAUCGCGACGUGUCUCCUCCUCUUCGUCAACGGCGUCCUCUCCGUCGAGUGGAAACACAGUGCCGUCCUGGACAAUAACUUCUUAGUUCUUUGGACGCCUGGCGAGAGAGAUGUGAUGUUCGAGAUUCAAGUGAAGACACUCGGCUACGUGGGUCUGGGUUUCACGAGGGAUGACGGCAGCGUUGGAGCUGACAUGGUCAUUGGAUGGGUAGACAACAACGGACAGCUCCAUCUUCAGGAUCGACACGUGAAGAAUUCUAGCAAGGAUCCGCAGAUGGACUCCAGCCAAGACUAUUCUCUGCUACUGGGUUACGAGAACAAGACGCACACAGUUCUUCGUUUCAGCAGACGAUACGAUACGUGCGACCCGCGGGACCUCAAGAUCACGAACGACACGAUGCAAGUGGUUUGGCAAUAUCAUGUAGAGGAACCGGUGUCGGCUGCUGGAGUUUUGCCGGAUCACGACGCCAUCCGAGGAUCGAGGCCGCUUUAUCUGGUGCAAAGGGACGCGCAACCGAAGCCAACCUCGCGCAACCAAGAAUCCGAGCCGCAGCUUCAAACAUGGGACAUAUUGAACCAGCAGGUUCGUUUACCCAAGGGACAAGACACGCUGCUUUGGUGUCGCGUUCUAAGGAUGCCAAACAUUGAUCACAAACACCACGUCGUGAAGUACGAGCCGGUGAUACAACCCGGAAGUCACGAUUACCUGCAUCACAUGACUUUGUACGAGUGUCGUAGAGAUCAGGCGCUAUUGGAGUCCGCCGCGAAGACGUCCGGCAGUGUUUGCUACGAGCCCAAUCAGCCGUCUCUUGAGUGUAACACAAUCGCGGCUAUCUGGAGCCUGGGUUCUGAGGGAUUCAAUUAUCCACCGGAGGCCGGUUAUGCGCUCGAUCCGCACACAGGACCGCGCUACUACAUGCUAGAAACACACUAUACGAACCCGCAGAUGGAUGCAUUCAUCAGCGACAGCUCUGGCCUGCGUUUGCAUUACACGGACAAGCUGCGUACCCACGAUGCCGGCAUUCUAAGCGUCGGCAUCGACCCGAACUGGAGGCAUAUCAUACCACCCGGCCAGCCAGACGUUAUCUCCGAAGGUCAUUGCAUCUCGGAUUGUACCGGACACACCAUACCCAACAGUGGCAUCAACAUAUUCGCUGUCAUUAUGCAUACUCAUCAGCUGGGCAGGAAGGUCCGAUUGCGUCAGAUAAGGUCUGGCGAGGAGCUGCCACCCAUUGCGUCUGACACCAAUUACGAUCCUAGCUAUCAGGAGUAUCGGAAGCUGCAGAAGCCCGUCAGGGUCUAUCCGGGUGAUCAUUUAAUAGCCGAAUGUACAUAUUCAUCUAAAUCCAGACAAGCAAUCACGCUAGGUGGAUUGUCGACGAGGGAAGAAACUUGUUUAGUAUCCACGCUUUAUUAUCCUCGCAUCGAGCUGUCGCUUUGCUACUCUCUGCCUUCAUUACCGACGGUUCUGCAGAGUUUAGGAAUCCAAAAGCUGAUGCAGGGUUCCAGCCCGGUAAAGAUUCAAGAACCGCAAAAGUUGUCCGGCAUGACAUUGGAGGAACGUUUGCUUAGCUACGACUGGGAGACCAGUUUUCAAAGUUUCCGAGAAGCUACUCGAGGAGGCACCUUCAAACCCCUUUGCUGGACGAACAAGGGUGUGCUGCCGGGCACGGAGAACUUGGAAGUCCACUAUCCUAGGAUUUUGAGGCCGUACGAGGAGGUUAAUUUGCCCUGCUCGAAGAAACCUCUCAGAAACAAGCUGUCGAUGUUGCUCAGUGAAGACGAGGAUAUCGGUGCUCCCGUGGAUCCUGACAGUGACGAGACAAACGCCGUCGAACGUGGACAAUUGGUGCGCAGCAAAGUGUCCCGCAGCAGUGACGGACCAACUGGCGGAAGUUCCUCGACUAGAUCGGUACCACCGAUGGUCUUAAUAUUGACCAUUUUGGUGGCUGUAGUUGGCGGUACGUUCAGGUGAACACUGGUUGGUCGUCUGCACGCUGAUCGACCGACCGAUCGAUUUCGUUUAUCUAGGACGGCCGUUUUAUCUUCUUGUUGAUCGCGCUGGAUCGGGGAGGAGAUGCAUAUGUAAGUACGUACCGGUGUGUAUCCUCUGACGCGUCACUUAAACUAAACAACUAUAUUCGUCGUUGAUUGGUCGUUGAAUGAGGAUAGCGGUAAAUUCCGUGGUUCCCUUUCGCGUUCGUUUCCACGUCUAUCCGGUUUGUCCUACUACCGAACGAUCGCAAUUUUUCUUACGGAGACGAUUCGUUUUACGAAGCACAUCGAGAAAGAGUUGAUCGAUGGAUCAGCUGGAUGGAUUACCUCGAUCGACGUGGGAAAGAGAAAUAUUUUUGAUGGUUUUGAGUCGUGAUCGCGCACGGAACGAAUAAUGAAUGUUGUCGACACGAGACGAUCUAUUGAAGAUUGCCAAAUAUAUUUUCCCCUAAUGAACGUCCAUCGAAGAGUAGGAUCUACGGUGUCCUCAUUCAAGGAUCAACCUCCCUUUUCGCGAUCUCUGCUCGUGCAACUAUAUUGUUAUAACGAAUCGCGUACUCGCGCAGGACCAUCGUUGGAUAUCUUUCGACUUCGAUCACUCGUCGUUUCUCAGUUUUCGCCAUCUAAUUUCUUUUUCAAAAUAUUGCACAAAUGAUAUUGUGUGUGAAGAGCUAAACGUAUAAAUACCUCUGUAUCUACGAGGUACUAUUUAUCGAUCUGUAUCGACGCCGGCAUAAAAGCAAGCUUUUAGGUUCAUUCGCAAGUAAUCGAUUCACAAUUUAAUUCGAUUUCAUUCGGUUAGUCACGAAGUAUUUCGCUUGAACAUGGCGCGGGCAAAGGCUGAUACGAUCAAAGGAAGUCCCUUGAAAUCCUGCAAAGAAUUGCGUUUCCGUCGUAACGUUAACAUAGUCGGCGCUUGCGUCAAAACGGAUGGAUCUCUCGCCCUUUGACACGAUCAGAUAAAAGGAACAACGUGAAUACGGAUGAAUCGUGAAUCGAAAUCGUGAGCGACAAAGUUACUCGUUGCUCCUUUAUUUCGUUACUUUCCACUAUAGCCCUGUCUGUUAUACACGAUCCGACGUAUAUUAUAUUGCGUGAAAUAUAAUACAAUAAUUUUAGGAUCGGUCGUACGUGAAUAUGAACUUACAUACGUGUUAAUCGAUCUUAGCCUACGUUCCUUUGGUUGGUAAUAGUAAAUACGUGACAGCGCGAUUGAACGAGAAAGAGUAAAAAUAUAAUACAAGUUUUCUAGUCCAUUUUUACAAACAACGGGCUGCGUUUUCAAACUCGACUCGUCGUCUCAAAAUAAAAGCAACAUACUGUAAAUCGCGAAUAUUUACUAGCCGAUUCUUUCCUUUAGCAGUUCUCGAACGAAAGAUAUCCACGAGGAAAUUGAAAUCCUGUCUAUUGUGCGGAAUUAUUUUGAAGCUUCUAGGCUCGAAAGAAUUUAUAUUGUUGGCUGUUUAUUUAGCAGGCUGAGAACCAAGCGAAUUGAACGCAUUCGGGUGUUCUUGACGAAGAGAAAAUUUCUAAAGAAGUAGCUUUCAGGCGCAGCUUUUUAGAUUUUUCAAAGAGUAAUCUCAUGGAGAAUCGCUUGGUUCCCGCCGGAGUCUGUAUAUUCUGUUACUAUUAGAUUUGUACGAAUAGAUACGUUUUUUAGUGGAGACCAUAUAAACGUUGGUCGAUUCGCACUCGGGACUACAAACUAAGUUUGCAACGUUUUUCACUGUAUCGUGGAAUUAUUUUAGCCUCGUUACGUGUCACUUGACCAACGUUUGUACCAUUUCCUUUGUAAUAUUCUGUACAGUUCCUUAAGUGUAGCCUCGUUGUUCAGCUGGCUGUUCGUGCCGGAGAUUAUUUAUUUUUUAUUUAAUUGUAUAGAGAAGAAGUUUACUUGUCGCGUUGAUACUCUGUUUCGCCCGCGUUUCCACGCGUUAGAUAUAUAUGCGUUUUUAUAUAUUCCGCGCGCCACAUGUUCGCGAAGUGCGACGGUCGGGAAGCAUACGUUGAGUUUCUUGACGCGUUCUCCACCGCUCGCUGGGGGACACUUGUCACUACGAAUGGCACACGCGGUGUUGCAUCGAUCUCUACGUGAUCGAUUCCACCAACGGAAGACACGUGCUUCCGUUUCUUCGCGACGCCACGCUUUAAAGCGGUGCUUUGACUCCUUGGUAGGCAAUCGAUAAUGAUUGUCUCGUCGAGCGUUUGUAAUUAAUUAACAGCUUUCAUAGCUGAUUCAGACUUAUGAAUUGAUGAUUCAAAUAACGAUCUAUUAUCGAAACUAUUACUGGAAUGUCAUGUUUUAUUCGAUUUAUCGAACAAUGUAACAUUUAAGACAAUAAAAGAAUUGUUUUAAAGAACAAUUUAUCAUGUUUAAAUGAGAGAACAUACGAGAAAAAAUCUACAAAUAUCGAUACAGAUGUACGAAUAUCGGUCGGGAAUUACCAAUUGCUAUUAACAUUUUGAAAUUACCAACAAGAGUUAGACAAUAGAAUUGUUUCUUUUUUCCGAUACAGAAUUAAAUCCAAUCUACUUCGCGUAGUUACUUUAAAUUGAUCCAAUUCUUGACCUGUUACAAUAUACCCUCAUUUGACACUCGUUCAGUCGAUUAAGUCUUCGAAGCACCACUUUAAUUAUUGGGAAAGAAGAAAGAGAGAAGGGGGGGAAGGAAGGAAUAACAUGUAUGAUGGCGUGCAAGUAGAGGGCUUACGCCGGAGCACCGCGAUCGAUAUCUUUGUAGUCAAGAGUCCCUUAAUGCGCGCGCUUUUCCUCAAUUCUAUUUGCAUCGGGGGAGAACGCAGGUUUCACAGUCGGAGACACGAGAAGCGAAAAGCUUCGUAGGCGCGUUCCUCUUUUUCCAAAAAAUCACACGAGCGAAAUGUCGCGGUUUCGGUUUCCGUGUGUGUCGGUUGUUUUUCAUUCUCACAUCUGUCUCUCGGUCGUCUAUUAAAAUCUCUCGUUUGUUCUGUCGAUGUCUUUUAGUACCGAUCUCCCACGACUUACGACGACCGAUUGUCGAUGAUAAAUCUCUCUCUCUCUCUCUUUCUUUCCCUAGUGUAGAAAUAUUAAAAAAAAAAACCUCACUACGUAGUCGGACUAAUCGGUAAAAAUAAUAAGCGCGUAGCCACGUUUUACAAUUUAAUACUACGAUAAUUCGUAAAUGUCAUAGGAGAUCUGUGUGUGUAGAGAUCGUAGGGCAGUCGAGCGAUUAUUACCUUCAUCCUCGAGGGGAAAAAAACGUUACUUUUAAGCGCUGAAGGUCCAUUCCUUUCCGAUCAUACUGCUGUAUACUGCCGACGAGUAUACUGCCGUGAUACUGCCAAUCGUCGCUUCGCUAAUGUCAGCGUUCUAAAUCGAAGUUGUACUCUGUCUUUCUGUUAUUAUUGUCCCCCCUUUUUUGUUUGUAAACGCUUAUAAUAUGGAACCAUCGAGUCAGCACGUACAAUAUUUACAUGUUUAAAAAUAUCCAUACGACACGCAGACCUACGUACACAGAAAUGAAAACAGAACAAAUCGUUCGAGACUUGUCGAUGAUGUUAAAACAUUGACGAAACAGUACGACGGUGAUGCAAUUGAUCGACGAUUGAUGGAUAUAAGCAAGAUAGUAAACACGUAUUGAGAGAUGGAACAAUUUGAGAAACAUUCGAUAGAAAGGAUCGCUACUUUCCCUCCUUCGAAUUUCUUCGCUGCGUGUACGGAAUGUACGAUCCGCUACGGGAUAAGCGGUGAUUUAUCACCGCCGAAAGAACUUGUUAUAAUCGCGCCGCGCGAGAGGCGAGGAGAGGAAAUCGUUUCGAGACUUCUUCCUUGCUACGAUGUCGACGCACUGGCUUCAGUCUCAGUGACCGUUCGCUGACGCUGUUUUCGCAGGCGUCGGCGUCGUCAGGAUGUUUUAGGGGAUGUUGCGUGUUGGGAGGGGCUGAUAGGAACUGCCGGUGAUAUGACCAGAACAAUCAAGCAAAGUGUCACAAGUAAAUGUCAUUUAUGCUGGGAUAAUUAUGUUAGAUAUAUAGGGAACGAUAUUACGCAUUUAUAUUCAAUGAUCUUGCAUCGUAUGUACGUUAGCUGGUUCGUUAUCACGCCGAGAUCCUUGGCUUCCAUCGAGAUUUCGAUAAAAAAAACUACUACAAAGGUUAUCGUUCCAUUGUAAUUUUUUCCUAACAGUAAAUUACAAACAUGUACGGCGUAUAUACUAGCGAACAAUUAUAUAAUGGGACAACGAGGAAGCAACGUGCAGUACCUGAAUGGAGAAUCGGUACGAUUGGUGAAGAAUUCACCGAUUACUCGCCGAUUCAAACUUGAGAUAUAAACAAAUUUGAGCCAAGUCGAUAAAAUUGACAAGAGAAUGGAGAAUGGAGAUAGAAGAGACGUAUGAAGAGUGGCUUUUCGGAGUGCGAGGAGAUUAGACAUUGAACGAAAACUCGGCGGAGCCAGGAAAUCGGGAAAUGUAUGUACUGUAUGUAGAAAAGAUUAGCGACCAUCGUCAACCAAUGCCUGUGACCCAUUAGCUAGAUAUUGGGACACGGUGAUCGUGCGUGAAAAAGCAAACGAGUGGACGGGGAGAAAGGAAUCGAGCGAAUAGCGUGUGCGUGUACAUAGGUACCCUGUAUAUAUAGUUUUUAGAUUUAAAUUACGUCCCGGACUCUUCAUAGGCACCUACACACUCGAAUUCAGAUAGCUAGCUAAAUAGUAUCUUGUAUCUUUAUAAUUUACAUGUAACAUGUUGAAUUUGUACUCCCCCGCAGUGUGUGCGCGCGUGUGUCCGCGCCUAAUGACACGCGCGCUCACGCACGGAUCGUACGCGUUACCGGGCGUCCCUAUCCUUCCAGACCGCUCUUAGAUUUAUACCUAAUUUACACUGGAUAUUAACAUCUAAACGCUACACUAUCAUCUACACUGUAACAAAUUGUAUUAUAUUUUAUAUAUAUAAAUAUGUAAAUGUUUUUCUAA